UGGAGUCUAGAAAACUGAAUUAUAAUGGAGGAUGAUCUUACCUUCCCUGCCCACCCUCAGGAAAAGACGGUACUAUCUGGGAGCAUCUUUGAUUUGUUUACAAGUAAACCCUUUGGAAGUGAGGCUUCCUGUGAUAGAAGCCAGAGAAGCUAUUAGUUAUCUGUCAGUGCUCAGACCUCUCCUCCUGCCCCUUCCACACAAUCAAGAAGGUUUUAGUCCAAAAUAUUUCUUGUACUAAGGUUAAGAAAGCAGCAAACUAUGAUUCCUACUAAGCACAAAUUUCUAUUUUGGGAUUUAUUUUACUUGUUAGAUACUUAAAGUGAAUGGAACUGAAUACACUGUAAUUUAAUUCUGUAUUUUCCUACAGUUGUUUACCUCCUCUUAUUGCUGAGUAUGAGAAACAUCUGGAAGAACUAAGCAGACAGCUGACCUGUUACCAGAAACACAUGGGUGAGAUGAAACUACAGCUUGAAACUGUCAUCACUGAAAAUGAAAGGUUGCACAGUAAAUUAAAAGAUGCCGUUGAAAAGCAAUUGGAAGCCCUUCCCUUUGGCACAGGGGUAGGAAAUGACAUCUGUGCAGAUGAUGAAACCGUGAGGAACCUUCAGGAACAAUUGCAACUAGCCAAUCAAGAGAAAACGUGGGCUCUGGAACUCUGGCAGACUGCUUCUCAGGAGCUGGAGAGUGUACGGAAACUUUACCAGGAGCAUAUGACUGAAGCCCAGAUCCAUGUCUUUGAAAAUCAAAAACAAAAGGAUCAGCUGAAUAAUUUUCAACAACUAACCAAGAAACUUCAUGUUGCUAAUGAGAACAUAGAAAUGACUAACCAACACUUCCUGAAAACGGUAACUGAACAAAACAUGGAGAUCGAGAAACUUCGAAAACAUCUUAGGCAAGCCAAGUUAGAUCUGAGAGUUGCAGUCACGAAAGUGGAAGAGUUAACUAAAGUGACUGAAGGUCUUCAAGAACAGAUGCUGAAGAAGGAGGAAGAUAUUAUGUCUGCCCAGGGAAAAGAGGAAGCAUCGGAUAGACGAGUUCAACAGUUACAGUCAAGUAUAAAACAGUUAGAGUCAAGAUUGUGUAUAGCUAUUCAAGAAGCCAAUGUACUAAAAACAGGGAAAACACAUUUGGAAAAGCAGAUCAAAGAGCUACAAGCAAAGUGUAAUGAAUCAGAAAAUGAGAAAUACGAGGCUAUUUCAAGAGCCAGAGAUAGCAUGCAACUCUUAGAAGAAGCUAACCUUAAAAAGAAUCAGAUUCUGCUUGAAGAGAAGCAAAAAGAAGAUGACAGAGAGAAAAUGAAGAAAACAAUUUCCCAGCUUAUACAAGAUGCUGCUGUAAAAGCAAGGAAAGAAGUUGAAAGCACAAAGAAACAGUAUGAAGUACUGAUUUCACAAUUAAGGGAAGAACUUUCAGCUCUUCAGUUGGACUGUGAUGAAAAGCAAGGUCAAAUCGAUCGAGCCAUUAGAGGGAAAAGAGCUGUGGAAGAAGAACUCGAGAAGAUUUACCGUGAAGGCAAACAGGAUGAAGGUGAUUACAGAAAACUGGAAGAAAUGCACCAAAGAUGUCUUGCUGCAGAGCGUUCAAAAGAUGAUCUUCAGCUAAGACUAAAGAGUGCAGAAAAUAGAAUAAAACAACUUGAAAUUAAUUCCUCAGAAGAAAUAUCACGUUCCCAUGAAAUGAUCCAGAAACUUCAAACUGUACUGGAGUCUGAGAGGGAGAACUGUGGCUUUGUCAGUGAGCAAAGGCUGAAGCUUCAGCAAGAAAAUGAGCAGCUGCAGAAGGAGACUGAGGAUUUGAGAAGAGUUGCUCUGGAGGCUCAAAAAAAAGCAAAAUUAAAGGUCAGUACAAUGGAGCAUCAGUUCUCAAUAAAGGAGCAUGGGUUUGAAGUUCAGUUGAGAGAGAUGGAGGACAGUAAUCGGAACACUGUUGUUGAACUGAGACAUCUAUUGGCAGUUCAACAAAAGACAGCCAAUAGAUGGAAAGAAGAAACAAAGAAACUUACCGAAAGUGCAGAAAUGAGGAUCAGCAAUCUAAAUUCUCAAUUCUCGCUUAAUAGGAGUGAGCUGAGUCGACAGAAACUUCAUACCCAAGAGCUACUUUCUCAGCUGGAAAUGGCAAAUGAAAAGGUAGCCGAGAAUGAAAAGUUAAUUCUGGAGCAUCAAGAAAAAGCCAACAGACUUCAGAGACGUCUAAGUCAGGCCGAAGAAAGAGCUGCGUCAGUAUCCCAGCAGCUCAGUGUGAUUACAGUGCAGAGAAGAAAAGCAGCCUCCAUGAUGAAUCUGGAAAAUAUUUAAACAUAUUCAUAGUUCACUGACAGAACUGUAGAGUGGGAAAAGCUGUUGUACCAAAGCGUAUUGACAUGGAGAAGCCUGCAGAGAAUGGUGAAAGCUUGUGUCACUUUGCAUAAGCAUUUUCCAUUCUGUGUUGAGGGUUACUGGAAAACAGAACAGUGACAGCUUCCUGUAAGUAAAAAAUAUAUAAUCCUAUAUUUGAGAUUCAGUGGAGAAUAAAGCCAGCUGAGAAGAACACACUGCCUUUAUCAAUGUGUCUAUUUUUAAUUCCCUUUUUUUCCUUUGGGAGAACAUAAUAUUUUCAAAAGAGGUUUAAUAAAAGCCCUGGAAUUUGAUAUUUCAGGUUCUAAGAUUUGGAGAUUUAAUAUCUCAUUGUUAUUCCUAAGUCAUUUUGAUAGUUCUUAAGAUUCCCUAUUUUACUAUGAACUCAUAAAUGUAAUAAAUUAUGUAUUUUGUAAAAUGA